UUUAUGUCUGAUGCUAAGGCUGUCCUGCAAGGGUGUGAUGACCACUGGACUCUCCAGGAGCAGGGGCGUAUACCUGUGCUCUUUCAAACUACGGUAUGUGUUGACGUACAGGUCCUUUCCCCAGGCGAGUGGACAGCAUUUAGCUACGUCUCAGCACCUGCACCUCGCUAUGAAUUCGCGCUGCAGGGGGAUGCAAACAACCUGUAUGCCUGGCUGUUGGGUGUACGGCACCAGUUCACUGUCCAGCUUACCAUUCGUCGCUGGUACCAGAUAUGUCUACAGUGGGAUGCCCCUCGUAAAAGCUUCAGCCUGACGAUAGGUGGUAGCUCAGAAGUAUACCAGCGGACUGCCAUUGCCCGAGCAAUCCCUCCUUCAGGACGUCUUCUGCUGGGAUGCCAACCAAAGGAAGCCUCCCUUGCGGCGAAAAUGGCCACCGUGGAGCUCUACCUGUUUCGCAUAUGGGACGAUGUUGGAGAGCACAGGGCCUGUGAAGACGGGACAGUGAUUGGCUGGGACUCACGACUUUGGGCCAUCACACGGGCCCAGGCCAGAGUCCAAGAUUAUACGCUGCAAUGUGGUCUAGGGCAUCUGCGUAUGAAACGCAAUGCAGGCAAAGCUACAACCCCAUACACAUCCCAAGGUUUUGCCAGCACCCAAGAGUUUGUCUCGACAUCUAGUAAGUGUUCCGUUUCUAUAUAUAGACAUACAGACAACACCAUAUAG